CGAGGGAGAAGUAGGGAACCGAGCCCUGCUGGGGCCGGCUCUGCCUGGCGACUGGUGAUGCUGCCCAGCCCCGGUGCUGACUGGCCCCUGGGCUGGGGGUGCCCAAUCCCCGGGGCCGUGGGCAGCGUCCCGGGGCUGGUGCUCGGAGCUGGACAGAGAAGGUCUCAGUCUGGGGGGUGCCGAGGAGUUUCCAGGUCUCUCCCUCCUGAGCAGCGAUGGGGGCGGGUCGGAUCCUGGGGGCCGGGAGCCGCUGGGCUGGGGCUCUGCUAGUGACACUGAUGGUGCUGAGAACCCACUUGGCUCAUUGCAUGGAGCCCCCAAGGGGGUUCGUGUAUCAGCAGAACGCGGAGUGUUACUUCACCAACGGCACCGAGCGGGUCCGGUUCCUGCACCGCUCCAUCUACAACGGGCGGCAGGAUGUGCACUUCGACAGCGACCUGGGGGUGUUCGUGGCGGACACGGAGCUGGGGCGGCCCGACGCCGAGGGCUGGAACAAGGACCCGGCGAUCCUGGCGCAGGCGCGGGCUGAGGUGGACCGGUUCUGCCGGCACAACUACGGGGUGGACGCGCCUUUCACCGUGGCCCGGAGAGUUCGGCCCAAAGUGAAAGUUUCCCCUACGAAAUCAGGGUCCAAGCCCCACCCCGACCUGCUGGUUUGUUCCGUGACGGGGUUUUACCCCGGGGGGAUCGAGAUCAAGUGGCUGAAGAACGGGCAGGAGCAGACGGCCGGGGUGGUGUCCACGGAGCUGCUCCAGAACGGAGACUGGACCUUCCAGAUCCUGGUGAUGCUGGAGAUGAGCCCCCGGCGCGGGGACGUCUAUACCUGCCAGGUGGAGCACAUCAGCCUGCAGGGCCCCAUCGCCGUGCACUGGGAGGCGCAGUCUGACUCCGCCAGGAGCAAGAUGCUGACGGGGGUCGGGGGCUUCGUGCUGGGGCUGAUCUUCCUGGCGCCCGGACUCCUCAUCUACCUGAAGAAUAAGAAAGGGCGCCCUGUUCCCCAACCUGCAGGGCUCCUGAGUUAGAUCCUGGGCGUCGGAUCCCCCGGCCGGCAGGAGUUUCCGUCCCUCUCUCCCAGCACCUCGCCCAGCCCGGAGAAUGCAGAACCUGGGUCCGGUCCCUUCCUGUCCCCGUCUGCUCCCCGCACUCUGCCCGGCUCCAGCCCGCGCUGCCCCCCCCGGGGACCCGUCCCUGCCCCUCAGUCCCUGCAGGGCCCUGGGGCGACCCUGUCACGCUGUCUGGAGAGGCUCCCACCUGCCGACCUCAUCUAGUAACAGCCUAACGAGACUGUUAGGAGCUGGGGCACAAACCUGAAACUGGCUGAGUUCUACACUUAGAUCUCACCAAGGUAUCAGGUGUGAACUCUGCAGGCCCUGUAACAACCGAGUCCUGGAGUCACAGUCCCCUGGGGUUCUCUGCUCUGUCUGGCCACCCCAGCCAGCCUGCCCUUGUGAUCGAUUGAUCGUCCCUUCCACCCCAAAUCACAGCGACAUUCGGGUCACUCCCUGUCCCACAGGACCAGUCGCUCACCCCAGGGCACUUUUGCCUUUGAACUGAUCUCACUCCACAGACAACGCUUGUAGCCAGUCCUGUAAUAACCUUAGUAAAGAUUCAUUAACUACGACAAAGCGCUGAGAGUGCUUUACAAAGUUAAAGCAGGUCCCACACACAGCGGGGAGUUACAUUCCCGGGUUUCAAAAGGAAAUAGAAGCUCCAGUAAGAAGCAAGCGCUGCGUGUCCUUUGGGGCCAGCCCAGGCACAGCCAGGGGAUCUGGCGCUUAUGCCUGGCCAUUCCUGCCCCUUCAGAGCCCAAGCCACAGACCGAUAUGGAUUGCUCCUCGAAGGGGAAUGUUAUUCCCUUCCUCCCUGAGUUUAAGCUGGUGGGACAAGCGCUUCUCUGUGCCUCCUCUUCACGGGGAGGGAACCAUCAGCGAAGUCCUGUGUCCUCUGAUGUCCCCCAAUGGCCCAUUUGAGGCUUAGGGCCUUCUGUUGGUGGGUGGGAGAUAACCUCCCCCCCACACACACACACACUAGUAUUUCACACUUGGCAAUGCGUCUCUCCUGCCUGGCUUUACUGUUUCGUUUCACUAUCGCCUUAUCACGUGGGGUACAGCUGCGGCAAUUUACCAGCAUUUCACAACGUCCUGAUCACCUUUGCUCAGUCUAAUCCCAGUUUUAACAAUGCGAACACGCAGCUGAGCCCGGCCGGUUUCCAGCCAGGGAUCUGUCAGUGAUAACCUAGGGCCUUGGCAUGAGCUGGUAUCUGGUCUGACAGUGUCCAAGACCUUCCCCUGCAUUCCCCCUUUCCCUGCCCCAGCCCAGCCCCACGUUCCCUUUCACUGACCCUGCUGGGGGUGGGAGGAUGCACAAGCCAGCAGCCCUGGGGGAGGGAACUCCCCAGACACACCCUGAUCUGAGCUGUCCAUUUAGCAGCUGGGCGGAGAGUCAACAGGUCUCGGGGUCUGUCUCCAUGGGGCUCGCUGCCUGGAGCUUCCAGGGGGGCUGCAGGCCCAGAUGUCCAGCCUAAGAAGGCAGGGAAGCCACGAGGCUCACCCUGGAGGGAGGGUGAGACCCCCGAGGGUCUGGCUCACUGAUGGGUCCUCCUAGAGCCUGUUCCAAAGCCAGGCCCACCCAACCCCGUGUACCUGGGACACCGGUUCCCCCUGGCUCACGCUCAGCAGAGACAGCAAUUCACAGGGGAAAAGCAUCAUCAGCGAGAGAAACAACCUGAUAUAACCUGCCCUGCCCAGCAGGAAUCGCCCAGCUCCUACGUGGGGCGUGGGAUGGGCCCGAGUUCUUCCCACCCCUCCAACCAGGAUUGGGCCCAUCUGUCGCUGGAUCAAAGCAAGGCCCUGAGUCUGUUUAACCUCAUCUCUCUGGCCCCAGUUUGUUCUGCGGCCCUCACCCCUCCUCUAGCCCAGCCCUGUCAGCCUGGGACCCACCCGGGUGGGGGGACAUCUCUGAACCGGUCCCAGUCCCAGGCACUGCGGUGAUCACCCCCCCGCUGCUGUUAGUGCCUGGGGAGCUGGGGUGACCCCCCCACAGAGCAGAUCAAUCCCUGGCCUGCAGUGAUCCAUAAACCCUGCAUGGACGUAACCCAGCGUGGGCCCCACAGCCGUUGCCCGGGGUGGGGAUACCUGUCACCGCUCCCCCAUGGAGGCAUCAUGGACCCAGGCUGGCCGACUGGUGUCCUGGGGGAAUCUGUGGCUCAUGGCCUGGCCAGGCACCAGCUGGGAGAGCUGCGUUCCCUGUAGCAUGGAUAAUCCCCGCACCAUUCGCUGGGGCACCAGGCUCCAUUAGUCCCCUGGCCUGAGCCCCUGUCACUGGCUGGGGGCCGGCGAGGGGUCAGCACAGACAGGGCGACGGCUCCAGGACAGACAGGGCUGUGGUUUGCGCAGGGUCCAGCCCCAGGUCAGACGUUCAUUGUCCAUUGUCCCCUAGUUCGCUCCGGGAAGCAGUGUCUUGCUCAGAUCUGCCCCAGGGGUCGGGGGUGUCUCAUGUUUCAUGGUGUCGCAGCAGCGCAGCCUGUCAGAGGCGGCUGUGAAACCCACAACCAGUGUGUCACAGUCAGGGCUCCCCAGAGCUGGGUCAGUGCUCAGGGCUGCCCCCUGUUCCCAGCCAGCCCGUGGGCCCCAUUAGACUAGACGCCCUUGUGAUGUCUGCACAGUGAACAGGAGGGCAGGGGAGGACUUUAGGUGAGGGACAGGACCUGAGCCUGUAACCUGAGCCAGGCAGGGGGCAGGGGAGUGGGCUCCUGGGGCCGGGAAGCUACACAAAAGGAAGGGGCCGGCUGGAGGAGGGGCAGUUCAGUUUCAGUUUUGGGCUGGUGGUUGGAAUUCAGGGUAUCCUAGCUGGGAUCCAAGCACCCUGAACCCCCAGAAGGACUUGAUGGAGGGGUCCUGACUGUGCCUGCAAGCUCUGCUGUAACCUGCAUUCCUGUUGUCCAAUAAACCUUCUGUUUUA